GACGUCAUCGGGCGGCGCCGGCGGCGGUGGCGGCGGACAAGAUGGCGGCGCGCGGCGAAGACCGGGAGGCCCCGGAGGCGCCUUCGCCGCCCCCCCCGGGCCCGGGCGGCGGCGUCAACGUGUUCGCGAACGACGGCAGCUUCCUGGAGCUCUUCAAGCGGAAGAUGGAGGCGGAGGAGCAGCAGCGGGAGCGCGAGGCGGCGGCGGCCGCGGAGGCGUCCGGCGGUGGCGGCACCGGGCUCGGCCCGCAGCGCGGGGCCGACGGCGCGAAGAGGAGCGGCGGCGCGCUCAGCUUCGUGGGGCGGCGGCGGGGGGGCAACAAACUGGCCCUGAAAACGGGAGUGGUGGCCAAGAAGCAAAAGACGGACGAGGAGGUGCUGACGAGUAAAGGCGAUGCCUGGGCCAAGUACUUGGCGGAGGUGCAGAAGUACAAAGCCCACCAGUGCAGCGACGACGACAAGACGCGGCCCCUGGUCAAAUAGCGCCGGCCCCCCCCCAAAAAAACUGCUGGGGGGCGGCCCCGAGCCCGGCCCAGACCCCCCCAAAAAUUCCCGGUCAAAUAGCGCCGGCCCCGCCCCCCUCCCCAAAAUAUCCGCUGGGUGGGGGGUCCUGACCCCAGACCCCCCCUCAAAAAAUUCCUGAUGAAAUAGUGCUGACCCGCCCCCCCCGUGACCUGUGCCCACCCCCAAGAAGUGGCCACGCCCCCAAACCACCUGGCCACGCCCCUUCCCCAAAAAUGCGUUUGAAGCCCCCCCCGCACCCUUUGAAAGUAACCGGGGGGGAGGGUUCCGACCCCACCCCCUCCCCCCAAAAGCCCUGGCCCAGGUGGGGGGUCCGGCCCGUGCCCCCCCUGUAAAUACCUAUUUAAGGGUGGGGGGUGCCGGCCCCGCCCCUUUUAUAUCGUCACACCCCCCACCUUGACGUCACAGCGCUGCCCCCCCGCCCCCUCCCCUAAUCCACGUUUUGGGGGGAAAUGGGGAAUUUGGGGGGGGGGCGGCGCAGCAUUAAAGAGCUCAGAGGUUUCGGA